AUGUCUGAAAUAAGACUCCAUGAGAGAGCUGCAGGCAAGAAACUACUGCCAGAACACCGGCAGAAAAAUCCUCCCAUCAGACCUGCAACAUUCAAGAAAACAAAGAACACAGAAAAGGGAGGGAUCCCCAAGCCAAACACCACUGGGGAGUGUGAUUCAAGUCUGGGCAAAGGUGAUGCUUACCACGGGGCUCCCCUGCCUUUGGAAAAAGUCACAGCCACCAGAGUCCAGAGAAUCAAGGAUCCCAAUCCCACCAAGGAUGUGCAGAGGUGCUAUCCACCCAAGGUGCCUGCCCUGGACCGCAGCAAAAGAAGAAACGAGGUGCACUGUGCCAAGAUCCACCCAUUGAAGCAUGAAAAGUCAGACCUGCGGGAUCGACGGGAGAAAGAGAGGGAGAAGAUAUGCCAGGUGCAUGAAGCACUGAAAACAGACCUAGAGAUCCACAAGCCACCCAUACAGAGGUUGGAUUUGGCAGAAAGCAAUUUACAAUGUGCACCAGCCUACAUGCAGCAGGUAGCCAAUGACAGAGAAAUGGAGCAUGAAGCUCUCACCAGCCGCCCACAGGCUGCAGAGCGGCGCGUGGUGGAGCUGGAGAUGGCGGCUUCUGCGGUCACUGCAGCACAGAAGGAGGCUGAAAUGUUCUUCAAACAGCUGAAUGAUGUAACACUUCAGCUCGAGGAAAAGACCAGAAGCUUCAAUGACCUGGAACAAGUGAAUACAGAGUUGCAGGAGAAGCUGGAAGCACUCUGGACCCAGAGAAACAACAUGAAGAAGAGAAUCUGCAAGUUCCAACAAGCCCUGGCAGGGCGUGAGGUCCUGAAGAGACGACUGGACAAUCUGAGGUGGAUAGUGACCGCAGCAAAUCUUGAAAGAGACACCUUCGCAGAGGACCUGAGCAUUGAGAGGUCCGCAUGGAAGGAAGAGGCCCAGCAGCUGACCCAGAGGGUGAACCAACUGACAGAGGAGAAGGAGCAAGUGUCAAGGCAGGUGCUAGCCCUACAGAAUGAGCUGGGCGAACUGAGAAGGAAGCGGGCAGAGUCAAGGCCCCCCACACGACCGUCUCUGGCCGAAUGGCAGCUGCAGGCCCAGGCCUACAGUACACAGAUGGAGUUAAAAAACCUGAAGGAACAACUUCACAUCCAGGUCCAGGAAAACCAGAGGCUCCGUCUCCAGAAUGUGGAGCAACAGGAGCAACUGCGGAGACUGGAGGAGAAGGCCAAGGAUCAGCAGGAGAUCCCAGAGAUCCCAGGAUUCACAUGUGUGUGUGACCCACAGCCAGAGGAACAGUUGGCCCUGCUGCAGGACUCUCUCCACAGGGUGAGCGGUGAGAAGGAGGGGCUCACCAGCAUCCUGAACUCUGAGCUGCAGGAGCUCAGAGCCACCUGUGAUCUGCACAUCACUUCCAAUGAGCGGCUGAGCUCCGAGAAGGACGCCCUGCAGCAGCACCUGCAGAGGCAGACCCAGCUGCAGGAGCAGUUGAAGCAAGUGCAGGCCCCGACCAACUGGGGGGACCCGGAG